AUGGCUGUUCUAUCCCAAGUUAUAUCUGGAUUUAUUUCUAGUCUGUCAGUGCGGAGUGUUCUCCUGUCGGUCUUGAUGGUAUGCAUGGCGUCGUAUCUGUGCCGGCAACUCCGAGAUUCUAUCCGUGGUAAAAGCCGAGCCCUUAUACAAGGACCACCAAAACGUCUAAUUGUCGGCAAUACUCUCGAACUGCUGAGCAACCUGCAUAGACUAAAUGAGUACUUCGUGGAUUUAACCAAGCAAUACGGUCGGACCUUCCCGCUUACCUUAUUUGGAAGACCCACCACCCACGUCACAUCCGACCCCGCUGUCAUCGAGCACGUGCUGAAGACCAAUUUCCUCGGUUAUGGGAAGGGCCUGAGAUUCCACAGCAUAUUCGAGUGCCUACUGGGUGAUGGGUAA